AUGGGGUUCCCGAAAGAAGAUCCAGUUCCAGGGCCCAAUGCAAGCAGGCCUGUCGGUGCUCUCGCCGCUCGUCGUACGUGGACCUGCAACGGCCAGGGCAAAAAGUUCUGGGAUACGGAUCAUGUGACUCUCAACUUCACCGCCCACCGCCUCACCUGGCUUGACACCGCCACAACUGGCUGGCAGAUAUUGUGGCGCAGCAUGCAGUAA